AUGCGCCGCAUCGAUCUUUUCUGCAAACUCAUUGCCCCUGUGUUCAUCUCCCUGGUGGACAGCUUCUCGACGCGAGUCGCUAUCUGGACCGUCCUGGGACUGAACAUGGCAUCCGUACUGGUCGAGUACGUGGCCAUCGCACAGGUGUACCGGUCAGUUCCCGAGCUGAAAAAGCAUGCUGCUACUACGACCCUUGCCACGAGUCCGAAUAAUGCUGCUACACAAAUCCCAGGUCGGCCAUGCCAGGGUAUCGUGAGCUACUUGCGCGAAACGUUAGCCCCCUGGCAGGAUUUUGUAACCAACCGAGUUUUCAUAGCCUCGUUCGCACUGAGCCUGAUCUACCUCACAGUUCUGUCUUUUGGAGCUACUAUGGUCACUUACCUACUCCAUAGCGGAUUCGACUCACUGGAGGUCAGUUGCAUGCGUAUCGGCUCUGUGGCUGCCGAGCUUGCGGGAACCUGGAUCGCACCUCUCAUCAUGAACCGGAUUGGUCCCAUCCGCUCUGGGUUGUGGUUCCUGAACUGGCAAUUCUGCUGUGUGGCUGGCGCAGCGGCGGCAUAUGUUCCAUGGGACUCGAAUUCGCGGUUAGUUGCGGGAUGUCUUGUUAUCGGGGUGGCUCUAAGUCGGAUCGGACUCUGGGGCUUUGAUCUGUCGGUGCAAUUCCUCGUGCAGGAGAACGUCGAAGAGCAUGCCAGAACCCGCUUCUCGGCUACUGAGACGGCACUGCAGAACAUCUUUGAAAUGCUCUCGUUUGCAUCUACGAUUGUCUUUUCUCGUCCCGAGCAAUUUGAGUACCCGGUGAUGAUUAGCUCUGGGGCUGUUGCUGUUGCAGCGAUCUGCUUUGCGACAUACGUGCGCAAGGAGCGCGGGCAUCUGCUGCACCGGUCGAAGUGCAUGGGAGGAGACAAGGUGCUGUACCGGGCCGUCCCAUCGCCCGCAUAG